GACAUAAGCCUCGAAGGCGACAGCCAAACUCGUUUCAUGGUUUUCUGGACGGUCGAUAACUACCAAGAGACCGGCUGCCCCAACAUGCUAUGCCCAGGAUUUGUGCUGAUGAACCAAGCUCUCACCCCUGGGAUGGUCCUCCCAACAGGAACACCAGUUACUAUGGACAUCGAGAAGGACGAGUCCGGGAACUGGUUAGUUUUCCUCAACACAGAGCUGGUCGGCUACUUCCCAGGCCCUAUCGUCAACGGCAUGAGCAGCGGCACCCAGGUCCAGAUGGGAGGCAGCGUGUACUCGCCGCCGAGCCUGAAUGCGAGCCCUCCCAUGGGCAGUGGCGUCCCACCGCUCCCCGGCCCUUACAACGGCGCCGCCAAAUUUACGCGGAUUUCGUUCCACGGCCCCAAGGGCUUCACCUAUAGGACAACCAAUGAUGUCGCCAACUCGACCAUCUACAAUGUGAUGGUCACUUCAACGUCACCGGACGGCCCGGAGGGAGUUGCCUUCCAGUAUGGUGGUCCUGGAGGCUCAUGGAAGCAGCGUGCAGCUGCUGCUUCUGUUACUUCAGCGACCGGAUCAUCUUUAUGCUAACUGCAAACGCCUAUACGAGUAUUUUGUAGAUCGUGUCUGUGUUUGAGCUCCCGGAAGAAUA